AUGAACGGCGUAGAAAUAAACGAAAGGGAUGCACCAAUUAUUUGGAAAGAAAAGGCUGUGGGGGUCGUCUGCCGCAACUUCGAUGAGGAUAUGCAGAAUGCUGUGAGGACACUUAAGACCGGUGAUGAGCAGAGUGUUGAACGUAUGUUGAGGAGUUACAACAACGUAAACUGGAAAAGUUCUGAUGGAAACACGCUGCUUCAUUGGGCCGCUACCCUUGGUCAUAUGUGCGCUGUUAGGUUACUCUUGGAUGCGGGGGCCAACUGUGAUUCCCCAAAUGUGGUUGGUGCGACACCGCUUCACUGCGCUGCCUUCGGAGGUUCUGUUGCGGUGAUUGAUGAAUUGUUGCUUCGUGGUGCCAAUGCGAUGGCAAAAAAUCGCAAGGGUCAUACGAUGUUCGACUUCCUGAAGGACCUGUGGGGUGGCGAUUUGUACAAACGUUAUGAGGGUCUCGAAAGACUUCUCACGGCAUUGAGUGGAAGUUGCUACGAUCUUCCCAGCCCGGUAACAAAGCCGGGAGAACCUCCUGAAGGCACGUUGGCUUCUCAAAGGAGCUUCCGUGGGAAAAUUGCCUCUUGCUUCCUGCAAAAUAUGCACGAAAGGCAAUCAGUUCCCUUUGAAAACUUCCAAUACGAGGAACGUGAUGAGGAUAACGACGAUGGAUUGUUGCAGAAGUACCACUUACUGGAAGUGAAGGAAUUACUGAUGGACGAGUCUGCGAAACGUAAUGAGUUGGUUCGUGAACACCUUACUUGGGCUGUUGACGUUAUGACGCAACUAAGGAAUCUUGCAUAUCCUGUCCGUUGUGUUGAAGAAGUGGUUGAAGUACUUGCUAAGAAAGAUUCUCCCGAGGGUGAUCGCUGGUUGCUGUUGCGUGCCAAAGGCGCUAGUGAAGGUUCUGAGGUUUGGGUCCGGUUGAAGGAUCUCUGCGAAUGUUACCCCACUCGUACUGAUGAGCAGGGCCAUAUUCCCUCCCUUCGACAUUCGCCUGCUCCAACGAAUUUGACUAAGCGUUGUCAUGCGUAUAACCAAUCAAAUGUUGAUGUUUAUCGGAAUAGUGUUGUACAGCGGGUGAUGCGGUUACUUAAGGAUGCCUCGGCGAGGUCGCUUAGGUACCAGAGGAAGCCAUUUUCAAAUUCUCUUCCUCGUUUUUUAGAGGUAUCGGAAGACGAAAGUGAGAGGGUUUUGCGGAGGGUUGUUAGUUCACCCUGGCACUCUCAGACACCUAAGAGUGACCGUGGAUCAGACGCGUCAUUUUCAACCGGUGUUCGCAGCGUAAAGGAAAGCGUAAUGAAAAGUAGAAGAAAUAGCGGUAUUGUGUCUGCUGGUCGUGAUUUGUGGGGCGGUGUAAGCCAAUCUCCAAAAAGUGUGUUGCACUCAUUCAGCCCCUCCAUUUCUCCAGUCUGCAGAGAGAAAUUCGAUUUGUCUACGAGAUCAUAUGAUCCUUUUAGGGCACCAGACUAUUGUGCUCCUACGGAGUCUAGCAGGCAGCGCGCAGGUGAUGGGGGUAAGAUAGAGCGGCUUCGCCGCAUUUAUGCUUCGCAAUACUUGAAGCGCAGAUUUGACAUUUCAAAGAAAUCGUAG